GGAAUCUUAUCGGGUGGCUAUCUAUUUGAUAAAUAUGCUUAUGAAUCUACAGGUGCAAGAACUUUGAAAUCUUUCUAUGUUUUGAUUAGAAUAGGUAUUGAUUACAAGUUCUUCUUCAAUGAAAGAAACGAUAUUGCUGCUCUACAUGAACGAAACGCUGAUAGAUUGUUCAACUUGCUUAAUGACAACAAAGGUCUUUAUAUCAAAUUAGGUCAAAACAUUGCAAAUCAAGCCACUGUUUUCCCCAAGGCAUUCCAGGAUAAGUUUGCCAAACUAUAUGAUUCUGCUGCUCAAGAUCCGUGGAAUAAAGUUGAUGGUAUUUUGAAAGCUGAGUUGGGUAAUAACUAUCAAGAUCAUUUCAAUUAUAUCGAACAAACUCCGAUAGCUAGUGCAAGUAUUGCCCAGGUUCAUAAGGCUGAAUUGAAAACUGGUGAGAAAGUGGCUUUGAAAGUGCAGCAUUAUUAUAUCUCAAAGCAGAUUGAAGCAGAUUUGUUGACUUAUAGAUUAUUCACUAGAAUUUAUGAAUAUUUUUUUGAGAUCCCUGUUUCAUUCACAUCCCAUUAUAUUUCUGAGCAUUUGAAAGAAGAAGUUGAUUUCAGAAAGGAAUUGGAAAAUGGUGAUAGAGUUACUAAAUUGAUUGCAGAUGAUGAUUAUCUAUAUAAUAAAAUCCAUGUUCCAAAGAAUUAUCAUGAUUUAUCAACAAAAAGGGUAUUGACUGCUGAAUGGUGUGAUGGUGUUCCAUUAAUUUUCUACGAUAAAUUGAAAGAAGAAUAUAAUACAAAGAAGAUCAUGAAGUAUUAUCUUGAACUUUUCUCCAAAAUGAUCUUUCAAUGGGGGUUUGUCCAUGCUGAUCCACAUCCAGGAAAUUUACUUGUGAGAUACAACAAGACAUCAAAGAUACAAGAAUUGGUGUUAUUAGAUCAUGGGCUAUAUGUUGAAUUCCCAGAUACACUAAGACAUGAAUAUUGUGCCCUUUGGAAGAGUUUGUUUGAAUUGAAUGAUAAAGAAUUAAAGAAGAUAGCAAUUAGUUGGGGUAUUGGAUCUGAUCAAUCUGAUAUGUUUGCAAGUUUUUCAUUGCUAAAACCAUAUCACAAGACAACAGAGAAUUUAUCCAAGAUGACAAACUUUGAAAGACAAGAGUUCAUGAAGGAGAAUUUCAAAAAUUUCUUCAAAGAAACUGAGAAAUUCCCAUUAGAGUUAAUUUUCCUUGGUAGAUCGAUGAGAAUGAUCCAAUUAUUAAAUCAAAAAUAUAGAGCUCCUGUAAACAGAAUCAAUCUCUUCACAAAAGAAGCUGUUAAAGGGUAUUAUUUGAAUGAACCAAAUGUUAAAAAUCCGGGAAUCUGGCAUAGACUAGAAAGAACUCUAAGAUAUUCAAUCUUUGUUUUAAUAUUAACUAUAUCUGACAUCACUUUCUAUACAUCAAAAGCUGGUCAAUAUCUCUUUGGUACCAAA